AUGGGUCUCAAACAAUUCCUCAACAGCCGCUCCGGCUUCCGCGUCGACAAUCGCAAGACCACAUCGGCGGCGACUUUGACGCUGCGCCAGAGUUUGUGGCCGCUGACCCUGGUGACGACGUUGUUCUUCCUAUGGGGCUUUGCCUAUGGCCUGCUGGACACGCUCAACAAGCACUUCCAAGUCACUUUGCAUAUUAACCGCGGCCGCUCCGCCGGGCUCCAGGCUGCGUAUUUUGGGUAUGGCACGCUUAUCCCCCUGGCCUCUCUCGGCUACGCAAAUUGGAUGCUCCGUCACUGGGGAUACAAGACCGUCUUCAUCUUCGGGCUGGUGCUGUAUGGCAUCGGCGCGCUAUGCAUGUGGCCCGCGGGCCUGAACCAGUCCUUUGGCGGGUUCUGUGGCGCGACGUUUGUGAUCGGUUCGGGUCUGGGGUCGCUGGAGACGGCGGCCAAUCCAUACCUGACGGUUUGCGGCCCACCCCGCUACUCGGAAAUCCGAAUCAACUUCGCCCAGGCCUUCAACGCCAUCGGCACCGUCGUCGGCCCCGUGCUGGGCUCAUACGCUUUCUUCACCGAGACCAAAGACGACGUUAAUGCCCUGCAGCGCGUGCAGUGGGUGUACCUGGCCAUUGGCAUCUUCGUGUUUUGCCUCGCAGCUGUGUUUUUCUUCUCCAAUAUCCCCGAGGUCACCGACGAGGACAUGGCCUUCCAGGUGGCCACCACCCAUGUCAAUGAGCAGGAGAAGCCCUUCUGGAAACAGUACAAGCUGUUCCACGCGACACUGGCCCAGUUCACCUAUACUGGUGCGCAGAUUGCCAUCGCCGGCUACUUCAUCAACUAUGCCACCGAAACCUGGCCCGGCACCGACAACGCCAAAGGCGCCAAGUUGCUCGCCGGUGCUCAAGGCGCCUUUGCUGUCGGCCGGUUCCUGGGCUCGGGCAUUAUGAAGUAUGCGCGAGCCCGCUGGGUGUUCCUGGUAUAUUUAUCAGGCACAGUGGCUUUCCUCGCUGCGUCGGUGACGCAAAGGGAACAGAAGGGUAUUGCUAUGCUCUUCAUGACCCUCUUCUUCGAGUCCGUCUGCUUCCCCACCAUCGUCGCCCUGGGCAUCCGCGGCUUGGGUCGCCACUACAAGCGCGGCUCCGGGUUCAUUGUCGGCGGUGUUUGCGGUGGAGCAGUCGUGCCCCCGAUCCUGGGCCAUGUCGCUGAUAUGCGCAAUGACACGGGUUUCGCCAUGAUUGUGCCCACGAUGUUCAUGGUUGUCGCUUGGACCUAUGCGGUGGCGGUCAAUUUUGCUCCCGCGUACCGAGAUACCGUGGACAAGGUGGGCGAGAGUACGGUUGGGCUUCAGGAUGAGGGUGGGAAGGAUGUGGAGACUGGCGCUGGGAUUGGUGCUGAGGACGAGAAGGAUGUCCCGGUUCAUCUGGAGCGGUAG